AUGAAGUCAGUCAGGACCCUCUCCGGCUAUCAAUCACAACUGACGCAAAUGGAACAGCUUAUGGGCACGAGUCCGGAGCACCAGGAUUCCAAUUCCACACAAUUAAAGCCUAUGCAUCCGCCAACACUGCGACUCUUUUUGGAUCUUUGUGCAAGAUUGCCACAGGAAGCAGUCACGAGAGAGCUGAUUGAGACCUUCUUUUCGGAGGCGAAUUGGUAUUUCGCUGUGCUGGAAAAGCAUUAUUUUGAGAAGCUUUACACCUCCUGGUCUGCUCUUAGCAGUCAUCUCAUGGCAGGUGGGCAACCUGGAGGAUUGCCACCCGAUCUUCUCCAUUUUCCGGCAUUGAUAUUCCAGGUCCUUGCUGUUGCUUUGCAAUUUUCCCCGCUAGACUUGCCUUGUCUUCAGUCUUUAGGGGUUGACGAUUUUGCUUCGCGUGACCGUUUAUCAGGAGAUUUCUCAGAGAGGGGGGUGGCAAUUCGUCGCAUUAUAGAAACAAAUGAGCCUACGUUGACUACUGUGCAAUGUGAUUUGAUGAGGGCAUUAUGGCUCAAGAACACGAGUCGAGGGAGAGAAGCAUGGCACGUAUUGGGUGCUGGAAUCAGAAUGGCCCAAGAGUUGGGACUUCACAAACAAUCCAAAAUCUUCCAGAAUCCACAAUCCCCAUUGGAAGAUACACUCAGCCAGUUAUGGUAUGACGAGUAUAAACGCAGGCUAUGGAUCAAAUUAUAUUCUUGGGACAGCCAUAUGGCAUUCUCUCUGGGCUGGCCCCGAACCAUCAACAGCAGUGACUGCACAAUCGUCCCUCCACUAGACCGCGACAUACCAGCAGAUCCAUCAACAACAGUACCAAUGGCCCUAUUUCCACAUGAACCGCCCUCAUCUUUCACACCCCAUCUCUUCCAAUACACAGUCUGUCAACAGAUCCACGAAGCCAUGUCCCUAGGCGCCCACAGACAACACCCCGAGAAUUACACCUUAGUCGAAACUCUCCACCACCGCAUCCUCUCAUUACUGAGUGCCCUACCACCAGUCCACAGACCAGUAAACCCCGACAGAUCCUGGGACCUAACCCACAUCUACAUUCCCAAACAGCGCCAACAAAUAGCAACAGCAGCCCACUCAUUCCUAAUGGCCCUCCACAGACCGCAUUCGAAAAUCCGUAUUGCAAGUCGCAACGCAGCCAUCGAAGCAGCACUAAGCACACUGGACGCACAGGAAAUCCUAUCCGAUCUCAUGGCAACACGAUAUUACAGUAUCUACGCACUAUCCGUGUACACCGUCGAAGCCGCGAUUUUUCUCUCCGUCACUAUUCUGGAACAUCCGCCCUCGGAUCCAGUCAUGGUCCAUCGAAUCCAACGCACGUUAGAAAAAGCCAUAUAUCGUCUCGAACUGGCACAGGAUAGGGUUUCUCUGGCGAAGUCGGGAUUGCAUGUUUUGAAAAUGUGCUAUUCGAGAAUGCAGCCUCUGCAGGUGCAGGGUAUGCAUGGGAUUGCAGCUCGACCUUCGGGACUGGUUGGUAUUUCUGGAGAUCCGGUUGGUACUGCACUAAGCAAUGAGUCGGUUAUGGGAUCUCAUAUUCCUGAAUUUGGGACUGGUGUCGACAAUGCGGUUAUGUUUGAUGAUAUUACCGUGUCGAAUUUUGAUAUCGAGUCUUGGGUGCAGCAGAUGAAUGAAAUGAAUGGCCUGCUUUGA